UGAAAAGCAGAAGGAAGAUGAGAGAUCAGAACAGAUGAGAACUGCAGCUGUCUAACCGGGAAUGAAGGCGCGAUGUCCUGUGAGAUUUUUGGAGGUUCAGUCAUAUUUACGCACACAAGAAGAAGUGGUUUGCAGUGAGGACAUUUAAAGAUUCUGAGGAUCGGAUCUUUGUUGAUUGGCCACUAAAGAAAAGUUUGUCCCAGUAGUAGUCUUUGUAAAUCAGUAGAGAUGAGGUUAAACUUUUCUACAAGCUGGAUUUUCCGGGGCUGGAUAGCGUGUCUCCUUGUCACCUUUUACGCACAGAAUGCAGACUCCAAAUCUCUCCAAUGUGAUGACAAACAUUACCUGAAGGGUUCCAGAUGCUGCAAAAAGUGUCAACCAGGUCAUUAUGUGUAUUCCCACUGCACUGACUCCCUCCAGACUAUAUGUUUUAAAUGCAACAAUGAUGAAUAUCAGCCCGACUGGAAUGAGGAGAAAGUUUGUUUUAAACAGAAGUUUUGUGAUGAAGGAGUGGGUUUUAUGAAAAUGACUGUAAACCUAAUAGCAGAGGAGACAUGUCGUUGCUAUCCUGGCUUCCAAUGUUCCUCCAUCAACUGUGAGUACUGUGAGAAGAUACCCACCUGCCCCCCUGGAGAGGGACUUCAACCUACAAACCAUAAUGAUAGGGUGGUGUGUAAGCCGUGUCCAAAAGGCUUCUUCUCCACUGAUGAUAAUACAUGCAAACAAUGGACCAGUUGUAAGGCUGAUGGCAAAAGGCAGAUCCAGCCAGGCAGCGCCAAAGCCGAUGCAGUGUGCAAACCACAGGAUCCCGAUGUCUUUGUUUCGUCCUCCUGGGUGAUAGUUUCAGUGCUGUCAGUCAUUACUGUUCUGUGUCUCCUGAUUCUGCUUCUCUUCUGCUACAAGGACAAAAUGAAAUUACUCUCUGUAAAUCUGCGAUCCUGUGUCCAGAACCUGAAGAGGACCAGGAUACAACAGGAGACACUGGCUCCUCUUUACCACAGUGGAGCAGGUGGAGGAAUAGGAGGAGGCCCUGGUAGCCCAAAGCCAUGCGAGAUGACUGAACUUAUCUACCAAGCACCCUCGAGCCCUGCUGAUGACCCCCCAUGCACCUUGCCCACCUCUGUUCCUGAUAUAAAGGUCUUUCUGCCCUUCACAAAAGAAAUGACAGGGAAAGAAGUUGUUGAGGGGAAAAUGGCAAUGGAGGAACAGAGCAAAGGAUCUGGAGAACCAGAAGAGGUGUCAGAAGAAGAGAAAGAGGUCGUGAGUGUGUCCCGGCUUUUGGCAGGUUCUUGCAUCUGUGUCAUUCCCAUCCGCGAGCCACUGGAAGUAGGGGAGAAUGAGGACUGUAGCAAGGCCGUCAGUCCCGGAACACUGGGAUCCUGCUCGUGCAGAUGGCUAGAUGGGGAGCGGGAUGGAGAUGGAAGUGGGAAAGAGGAUAAAAAUGAUAAUAAAAGGGCAGAUAAGAGUGAAGAAAAGGGGGAUGGAAAUCUCAAGAAAGUGAUUUUGUCCACAAGUGAGACAGGCGUCGCACCACUCGUUUCUCUUUCUCCUCCUCUCCUCCACACCUCCUCUGCCGUCCCUUCGACCAGUCAACUUCCUGAACUCUUCCUGCCAUUGUCCCAGGUGUCACCGGAGUUCAAAUUUCACCUGGCUGAAAGGUCACCAGUAAAAUGGGAAGGGUUGUACAGACUGACGAGCACAGACUCGACAUCAACAGAACAUAGUACAACCUCUGCCAUGACCUUGGGCAGCCCCUCGAUGCCUUCCUCAUCUGUUGGGGAGCUCUACAUGGACAAGCCCCCUGAGGCCACAGGCCCAGAGCAAGACCAGGGAGGUCCCUGUGAGGAUAGUGGAGAAAACAAGCUCUCUUCACAGGAGUCAGAAAUGGAGUGCUCACCGGAGAGCCUUCAUAGUCAUUUGGCUGAUCCAAAUCUUACCUCAGGUCAGGUGUCUGGUAACCACAAUACCACCUUCAUCUCCAGCGGUCAAGUGAUGAACUUCAGUGGUGAUGUCAUUGUUGUCUGUGUCAGCCAGACUUCUCAUGGCAGUGAUGAGGUGGGGCAGGAUGAUGGCUUUGGCAACCCUGUCCAGGAAGAAGCCAGUGAGACCGCCCCAUUUUUUCAGAGCAGCCUGAGAUCACAAGGGAACUCCAUUACCCACUGCACAUUGCAAGAUGAGACGCUUCCAGUCCAGGAAGUGAUGGUGGAGCGAUCACUAGGAAAGUGAAAAGCGACCAGUGGCUGUGUCUCAUGUUUUAUGUCACUCCAGAGAUCAUUUCCACUACCAUAAUUUAGACCUUGUCAAGCUGACCGCCUAUAUAUUCAAUUACACCAGUCAGCCACAACAUUAAAACCACUGUCAGCUGAAAUGAAUAACAUUGAUCAUCUUGUUACAAUGUAAUGUUCUGCUGGGAAAUGUUGGGUCUUCUUGCUUUGACUCACACCACCCACCUAAAUAUUGUUGAGGAUCAGGCACAUCCCUCCAUGGCAACAGCAUUCCUUGACAGCAGCAUUCUCCCCAGCGGGACGUUGUGUGUCCUCCCACAGCGGACAUACUCCUCAGGACUGGCUCGACAAAUCAGAGUCCGAUCAAGCAUCUGCUGAAUUAGCCAGAAGUGUGAUCCGUGGAGGCUUCAUGCCACAACCCACAGGACCCAAAGGACCCACUGGCCAGACACCACAGGACACACCUCAGUGGGCUCAUGAGCAUGAUCAGCAUCAGGAGGGCCUACACAACGGUGGAUUUAGUGUUAUGGCCGACCGGUGUACGUCAAAGAAGUUACAAUAAUAAUUAAAACCAAAAUGUGCCC